AUGCAAGCGUUAAGUAAUUCUGACGAUGAAUGGGUGAACGAACUUGAAGAUGUUCUCAUUGACAGUGAAGAGAACGAGGAAUCUAAAGUCGCAAAGUCUGUUUCUUCUGUUCCUGAAUCAGUAGACGGAGUUGAGGAAGAUCUUGAAGAUCGUAUGGAGCCUACGGCUGAGCAUAAUGACAAAGUAGGGAAGAAGAGGCAGAGGAAGAAGGAUGAGUCUGGUCUUGAGAAGGCUAAGAAGAAGAAGAAGAAGACCAAGAAGAAUCAUGAUUCGGUUCAAGAUUCUGCAGAGGUUCAAGAGAUGUGGGAUUCGAUCACGAAAGACACGAACUCCAAGGAUGGUGAUGAUGAAGUCGUUGUGAAGUGUACUAAGAAAGAAGAUAACGAGGAGAUAAAAAAACUGUUCAAGCUUAGGCCAAAGAAGAGAAAGUGCAAGAAAGACGCUGCCGAGAUUGCCGUGCAAGUGGAACAAGUGAUGGCGACUCUUGAAAUCGCUGUAGAAGACGACGUGAUUCAAAACAGACAAGGAAAACCCGCCAUUAAUAAGCUCAUGAAGUUACCUCUUCUCAUUCAAGCUCUCUCGAAGAAACAACUUCAAGAUGAGUUCUUAGAUCAUGGAGUACUUUGUCUUUUCAGGAAUUGGCUCGAGCCACUUCCUGAUGGUAGCUUACCAAAUACAAACAUCCGCACUGCGAUUUUGGAGAUUCUCAACGAUCUACGUAUCGAUCUAGAACAAGACUGUCGAAGAGAACAAAUGAUCAAGAGCGGUCUCGGGAAGGUCAUAAUGUUCUUAUCAAAAUCAGAUGAAGAAACUACACCUAAUAGGAGACUCGCUAAGGAUAUAAUCGACAAAUGGGGACGUAUCAUUUAUAAUAAUAGCUCAAGAUAUGAUAAAAUGCUUAGUCGGGAGGAACGUGCAGAGCAAAAGGAAAUGUUAUUGAGAAGACAGAACAAGACAGCUCCUAAGGUGUCUGAAACAAAAACUAUAAUCUGUGAUACCGAUGUUGACAUCUCUGUGAAACCAGAAUCCAAGCUAGGACCUUUGACAGGAGGAGGAAGGACGCAAAUACCAAAAGCAACAUCGAUGGACUUUAAAAUCCGUCCUCAACCGAAAUUUGACUCAGAACUCCAUGCUCUUGUCAAGAAGCAAAUGGAUGGCAGCAUCCAUGGAAAGAUAAUAAAAAAACUGCAAAAUCAAAAGGUCCUCAGGAAAAGGGGAAUGCAAGCAUUUAAGCCUAGUUCAGACGGCCGCACUAUGUUCAAGUACUUGUAGAGAUCAUUAACAGAGAAGUUUUCACAUCAAUUGCAAAAAUCC